UGGGAUAGUCUCACCAAGCUGCUCACAGCUGAAAUAAAAGCAAAACUUGAUGUUGUUUCUUCCGGAUAUCAUGGACAUUCCUUUUCGUUUUCCGAUUACCUUUCCGCUCUUGGUAGUGCCAAAAAAUUGGGUCAAAAUGUCUUUUGGGCUGAAGUUCUAUCGUCAAGCUUCACAAUCGGUAAAAGCAUUCUCCAAAAAUUGCCCAAACAAUCUGGUCUCGUUCUGAUUUCGGCUAUUCAGACGGCUGGUAUAGGACGUGGCAACAAUCAGUGGAUCUCUCCACGAGGAAUGGCCUGUUUCACUCUGCAUUUUGAUUUGCCACUAUUGGAUAAUGAGGCAUCUUGUAAACUUUCCCAAGUUCUCACGUGGACUCAACAUCUAUCUUCGAUUGCCGUUACUCAAACUUGUAAUGAACUUUUAUGCCAAUAUGAUAAUGGAAAUGAACUGGAUGUGGAAAUUAAAAUCAAAUGGCCAAAUGAUAUCUAUGUGAUUGACAAGAAAACUAAUACCGCCUCCAAAAUUGCCGGAGCUGUGUCUACAGCUAGUCUCUCGGAUACAACUAAAGCUAGAUGCCUUUUGGGAAUUGGCAUAAAUGUGGCGAAUCCAUUGCCAACAACAUGCCUAUUUGAAAUAAUUCGAAGACGCUCUACAAAUAAAAAUGUUGAAAUGCCUUCGAUAGCCACCGUGAUUGGGAGGACGAUUUUUCAUUUGGAGAGGUUGAUUGGUCAGCUUGAGCGUGGUGAUAUGGAGGGUAUCAAAGAAUUGUACACAAAAUUCUGGAUACAUAGUGGCCAACGGAUCAAAGCCAUUUGCGAAGGUGAAUGCAUUGAAUGCGUCAUUCUUGGUGUCGAUGAUUUCGGGUAUUUGAUAGCGAGGCAAGUUGAAAGUGGAGAGCUAGUUACACUUCAUACGGAUGGUAAUUCAAUUGAUAUGGCUUCUAGGACUAUAAUAUCACGAAGCUUUAGUCGUUUUGAGAAAAUGCAAUAG